AGUAAUGGCAACCUACACCUGUAUCACUUGCCGUGUGGCUUUUAAGGAUGCUGACAUUCAGCGUGCCCAUUACAAAACUGACUGGCAUAGAUACAACCUGAAGCGUAAAGUUGCUGACAUGCCUCCUGUCACUGCUGAGAAUUUCCAAGAGAGAGUCCUAGCGCAGAGAGCAGUGGCAGAGGAGCAGAACAAAAUCAGUGCCACUUACUGCACAGUUUGCAGCAAGAGGUUCUCCACCUUCAAUGCCUACGAGAAUCACUUGAAGUCCAAGAAGCACCUAGAGUUGGAGAAGAAAGCUGUUCAAGCUGUUAGCAAGAAGGUGAAAAUAUUAAAUGAAAAGAACCUGGAAAAGGGUCUGGCCCCGGAGAGUGUAAACAAAGAUGAAAUGAACACAGCUAUUCAGCAAGCCAUCAGAGCUCAGCCGUCUUCGUCUCCGAAGAAGAUACCUUUACCUCCUAGCAAUGCAAGUAGCUCUCCAGUUCCUACAGGAAGCGCCAGCUUAUCGCAGAGUAGAGAACGAUCGGACAAACCUCCACGGCUACAGUGGUUUGAACAGCAAGCAAAGAAACUGGCCAAACAGCAAGCAGAGGAAGAAGAGGAUACGGAGGAAGACUGGGAAGACAUGGAUUCUGAUGAAGACGUCAGCUCUGAAGAAGAGAUGGAAGGUGUGGGAGAAGAAGAGGAGGAGCAGGCGGAAGCUGAAAGCACUCCUGCCAUUGGGGCCAUACCGGUCACAGACUGCUUGUUCUGUCCCCACCAUUCAAGAUCUCUCACGAAAAAUGUGGCCCAUAUGACAAAAGCUCACAGUUUCUUUAUUCCAGACAUAGAGUACCUUGUGGAUCUCAGAGGACUAAUCAAGUACCUGGGAGAGAAGGUUGGCGUUGGGAAAAUCUGCAUCUGGUGCAAUGAAAAAGGAAAAUCCUUCUACUCUACAGAAGCAGUACAAGCUCACAUGAAUGAUAAAAGCCACUGCAAACUCUUCACAGAUGGAGAUGCUGCCCUGGAAUUUGCAGACUUCUAUGAUUUUAGGAGCAGUUACCCAGAUCACAAGGAUGGGGAAGAUGUGGAGGUGCCUGGAGAGCGCCCAGCAGAGAGAGAGUUGGAUUAUGAUGAUGACACCAUGGAGCUGAUCCUUCCUUCAGGUGCAAGAGUGGGUCAUCGUUCUUUAAUGAGGUACUACAAGCAGCGGUUUGGUCUGUCAAGAACGGUGGCUGUUGCACGAAAUAAGAAAGCAGUGGGUCGGGUGUUGCAGCAGUACAGAGCUUUGGGCUGGACAGGUCAGACAGGGGCCGUCUCUGCUCAUCAGCGUGAUAUGCAGUACCUGCAGAGGAUGAAGUCAAAGUGGAUGCUCAAGACAGGAAUGAGUAACAAUGCUACAAAGCAGAUGCAUUUCCGGGUGCAAGUCAGGUUCUGAGUUCCCAAGAGAGCUUCAUGCAACUGGUUUUGGGAAAGGGGAUUUAAUGGUUUCUGGGACAAGGAUUGUGUUAUUAAAAUGGACUUGG